UCAGUAUUGCAUGCAGUGAGCCACUUUUUGAUUAGGCCCCUAUAACUUUGUGUAUUCGACAAAGAACAGCCCAAAGAAGGUUGGAAAUGACAGUGUACCAUUCAUAAUCAUAGACUCUUUGGAAUCUAAGAAGUUGCAUUUGUUUAGUAGAAGAAAGAGAUCAAGAUGACUGCUUUGACUGAAGUUGGAGAAGAAGGGCUACGAAAGAUGUUGGAGGUCAGCACAGAUUUUAUAGAAAGACGUCAGAUUCGAGCGGCGCUUCGUGAACUACAGUUUGGUUGCAUCCCUGGCCUGCUUGCUGGACACAACAACAACUCUAAUAAUCACAUCUCAAACAAAAUGGCUGACACGGAAUUAGACAGAAAAAUCAGCAAGAUAACAGAUGAAGAUGAAAUGACAAAACUGCUUCAUGCAACAGACGAUUUUGAAGAUCGUAGGAAGAUCCGUGCAGCCAUCAGAGAUCUCAGGAAAAAGAAAAUAGCUGACCAGGAAGCAACCAGUGCAGCAGCAAGAAAGAACCGAAUGGCAGAACCAAAGAAAGAAGAACUAAAUCUGGAAGGAAUUGAGGAUGAAAGCGUCCUCAGGCAAAUGUUGGAGGAAACAGAAGAUUAUGAACAUAAGAAGCAGAUCCGUGCGGCCAUCAAAGAUAUGCGACAAAAAGCCAGAGAUGCUGCAGAAGAAGUCAUUGAUAAGGAGGAAAAGGAUUACAGGAAGAAGAAGCAUUUUGAUGCAGAUGAGGAUCAAAUCCCAGCAGUGUCAGUCUCAACAGCAGAUGAGGGCAGCAGUGUUGUAGAUUUCACAGCAAUUGAUGAUAUCGCUACCCUCGAGAAAAUGUUGGCAACGACACAAGAUUUUGGUGAGCGUACCAUGAUACGUGCCCACAUCAAAGAGUUGCGGGAUCACGAGGACCUGGAAGUACCGGACUAUCCAGGGGCACGGCGUCUGUCGGAGGGUUUGGAUGCGGAUAUCUGGCUGACUGAGAAGGAUCGUAGGCGGAGCAGUUUGAUUGAUAGGGCGGCAUUAGAGGAGUUGACGCUCACACCGGAUGUGGAGGAGAAUGUGGCUUAUGAUGAGAUUGAGGAUCCUGAGGAACUGGAGAAAAUGUUGGAGAAUGCAGUUGAUAUUGGAGAGAAGCGAUUGAUACGUGGUGCACUGAAAGACCUGAGGCAGAGACUAGCAGGUGGUGGUAAAAAGGACGAGAAAUCCUCAGAUUCUACUCGCACCGAUGUGUCUUUCUGUAAACCAGAACUGAGAAUAUCACCAACUGAUGAAGAACCAAAGAAGCCAAAUUUGGACUUUGGAGUCAAAACAACAUCCAAGCUUGAUGAUCAGUUCGAGAAAGUGGAUUCCUCCAGCAAUAAAACAGAAUCUCUCUCAAUCAAAGAAAAGCCUGAAACCUCCAAGAAUCUGGACUCCAACAAAGCAUAUGAUAGGUAUCAAAAAGCAGAUGUUCACGAGAAGAAAAACGAAACAUCAUUGCUCAAGCAAAGUGAGACUGAGAACAAGGAAAACAAGAGCACCCCCUUGAGGUCAACGACCUCCUGGUUUUCAGGUGUACCAAAAAAACCUGAAAUCAUCACACCGUCCAAGUCUUCCAGCAUCUCGCUGCAUCUACCAAAAGAGAAGAAUAACAAUGACAUCAGUAUUAAACCUGUUUCCAAAUACUCAGUGACCCAAGACUCUGGUAAAACCAAACCAAACACGUCCAUUGUUCCGACUCCGUCCAAGAUUGACUCAACCCAUAAGGAGAAUGAGAAGAAUAAAAAGGAAAGCGCCCUUGGUGCAAGAAUGUCCAAGUUUACCACUCCAACCACCGACUCGGCCAAAGCCAAACCAGGGGACCGGUUUACUACGUCCACUCCUUCAACUUCAAGACAGGAUAAGAACGGGAGGGCGGCCAAAGACGUAAGUUCCAUGAGCUCACGGAUGUCAAAGUUCAGCACACCCACCACUGAAACCACCAAAGGGAAAUUCUCUGGCUUGACGACUCCAUCCGGAUCCAAGCUGGACACUUUAAAGAGUAAAUUCUUUGAAAGUGAAACGUCCAGCCAGAAGGAGAUCAAAGUCAAGGAUAGAGCUUUAAGAGGUACUCAAGGUAAAGUCAGCGAAGCCGCCAGCAAAUUUGGUGGCAGCUGUAGUGGCAGUAGCUGUGGCACAACCCCCUCUCAUAGUCCUACUGGCUCCGCCCCCUCCUCCCCAAAACGAUCCAUAGGACAGAAAGCCUUUGUGACCCCGGUCAGCCAGAAGCCCUUUCAGUUUGGUAAGAUCCACAACCCAUCACUAGCCUCCACUCCAAGCAGCUCCAGGGUCACCGACAAGUCUUCCUCUAUAUCUCAAAAUGUGCCUUCUUCUAAACUUGCCACAUCCAAGUUUGAAACCCCAACAUCAAGCUCUUCCAAGAUAUCCGUGUCUUCUCCUUAUGGAGCCAAGGACAUGAAAUCCACAAGAGUUGAGGUGCCACUUGGGAAGGAGUUAUCCCUGGAGUUGCAGACAUCAGGGUACAAGAACAUCAAAGUUGAGUCCUCAUCCAAAUCGCAAUCGGGCUUUGGAACGUCGAGUCGCUCUGAACCAAGGAUUGGAGACCACACCGGCCUGAAGACAGUGACUGACAAGACUGAACAGCCAAGGAAGAAAUCACCAACUGAGAGGAAAGAAGAAGGGAAGGUCAAGAUGCCGCCAGUGGAUGAUGUUGAGGAUGAAGAAGCCUUGGAGAAGAUGUUGGAGGCAGCCUCAGAAUUUGAGGAGCGAAAAAAAAUCAGAGCAAAACUAAGAGAAAUCCGCAAGAAAAGGAGAGAGGAACAAGACAAGCAGAUAGCAGCCCAGGAGAAGGGAAUUCUAGAAGACCGCUUGGCUUACAGAGAGGACUCAAAAGCUCACCGCCUUAAAGCCUUUGACAAGACCACACCCAUCAAGAAGGAAACCACAACAACGGUCGCCAAAACUCCCCUCAACAACAACACAAUCAUCGCUCCGCCAAGCAGCACGCCGGUGAAAACGUCAACGAAGGUGGAGGAUACAGAUGGUAAGAGUUCGACAACAAAGACAACAACGGUCAUUGAGGGACCUGGAGCCAAGAUGGUUACCACGACAAUACACAGCAAAUCCGAAGACAAAGGCACAAAAUCAGAAAGUAUGAAGCAGGAUACGACAGCAGUGAAAAAGGAAGAGACAGGUACCAGUAGUAGUUUUUCAGCCAAGACUUCCAGUGUUAGUUCCAGUGUAACAUCUUCAUCCAGCACUGGUACCCCUGCCAGAAAAAUGAGCAAAUUUGAGGCAGAAAUGGAGGAGAAGAAGAAACUACGAGAACUGAAGAGAGCAGAAGAAGAGAAGAACUGGAAGGAAUACAUGGCCAAAAAGAAGCAAGAUGACUACGAACGCAAGAAGAAAGAGAUGGAGGCAGCCAAGAAGAAGAAAGAUGCACUGAUGAACAAGUUUGGAGGCAAGGCACAGGAGGGGGAAAGCGGUGGCUUCGGUAGAGGGACUGGGAUGCAGGCAGUACCCAACGCUAGCACCAUCAAACAGAAGCUGUUGGAGUGGUGUCAACGAUGUGCUCGCGGUUAUCCGGAGGUACAGAUCACCAACUUUUCCUCCAGCUGGGCGGAUGGCAUGGCGUUCUGUGCAAUUGUCCACUACCAUUUCCCAAACGCGUUUGACUUUGAUUCUCUGGAUAAGAAGAACAGGAGGAAGAACUUUGACCUCGCAUUUGAUUCAGCUGAGAAGCACGCCGAUAUCAUGCCGCUGUUGGAAACUGACGACAUGAUCAUGAUGAAGAACAAACCAGAUUGGAAGUGCGUCUUCACGUAUGUUCAGAGCCUGUAUCGUCAUCUCAUUAAAAUCAAACCAUAAAAGUCUCCAACAGAAAGUCAUGAAAGAACAAAAUAUGCAAAACGGUCGCCAUUAUCAAGACGUACAAACUUCAAUUUGUGUGUAGCAUUAUUUGUGUGAUCCCAUUCUACCUGAUCCAGAAUUUUUCUGUAAAUAUAUUUAAGAAGUGUGAAGGUGGCUUUAAAUAGUUGUAAUACAGAAAUUAAUAUCGAUGAAAAGAUAGAGUUUUAGCUCUUGUAACAUUUCAGCUUAUUCUCCAGCUUUCUAGUGAAGCAAAUGCUGUACACAGUAAAAGUAAUCAUUUUAUACCAAAAAUAAAACCAAACAAAAACAAAAACCAAUACAGUAAAUAAAAUUGCUACUUAGAAUGCCAUUUUUAUCGAAUACAAGCAAUAAUGUCGGCCCUAGAUCACCAUUCAUAUUUUGGCACAUAGUUGUUUUUUUACUGUGGUUAUCAGUUUCUAAGAUUCAGAGAACAACAUCGUACCUUCAUUAGCUAUAAAGUUUUUUUUAUUGUUAGGUUAAAUACAUAUUUCCAACAACAAACUUUUCUUUAAGAGUCUAAUGAAACACACUUCAUCAGUCCAUCUGUACCACUUCCUAAAAGUGAAACUUUUAAUUAUUAAAAACAAAAUGUGCUAAAAUGGGGCCUCCAAGGGGCUGAUAAAACAGUAUUUUUAUCAUCAUUUUAGUCGGACAUGUAGCUCUUUAUUUUUAAAAUAAGAAUUUACAGUUGUGUGAAACAAAAGUAACAUUUUCGAACACAAUUUGUGGCUGGCAUUUAGUAAACUUAAUAGGGCACAGUACUGACAUUAAUAUAAGUACUUCACAUCUUUUAGUUACCUGGUGAAGUCUUUGAAAUGUUAACGUUUCAGUCGUGAUUCACAGGUUUUCUUUAGGCAAAAAAUUAAUUCUCAUUCAUGGACUUGGCAAGACUUGUGACUCACUGAAAAGUUGAAGUCAUCUGAAGACUCAGUUAGGAAGACUUGAAUGGUUUGAGAAAAUUAAUUACAGAAAUUUGAUCAUAGUACUAAACCAGAAGUACUCGGAGAGCAGAUGUGUGAUAUUAUCGUAAAUGAAGUUUAUGAAAUUCAUCUGUUUUUUGUACAGUCCAUACCUGUUAGUGAUGCACUGUAAAUUUCUUCGAAGGCACGUAUGUCAAAUAAGAAGAAUGUCAGUUUUGAUUUUGUUGCCUCGACUGUAUGUCCUGAAAUGUUGACACAGGGGUAGAUGUCUCUUAUGUAUGAUAUUACCUGCUUAGAUCGACAGGGUUCAGAAAUGGCAAAUGAACUACUUACUCAUUGAGUACACAAAAAAUGAAUAAGCAUGAAUGAAUAAUGAAUGAAUAAGCACGUACUUAAAGAUUGAGGGUAUAGAUAUAUUGUAGAUAUCUUACAGAAGUGUAAAUAGGACAUGAGCUUUAUUUAUCUUAUGUUACCUGAUUUUUUUAAAUGAAUUUCGUCCUUUAACUGCCCACCCUAUUGCAUGUUAUGUAAAUAUUAAUAUGGAAAUGAAAAUGAAUAAUUUAUUUAUCGCAGCAAAUUUGAUGCAGAUUUUGUGUGGGCGUGUGCGUAAUUUAUGCAUUUAUGCAGAAUGUAAUAUCUGGUCAUAGUGGUUAAGACAUAGAUCACACGUCAGGUUAAAUCAGACUAAGGAAAUGCUAAUACAAAGAAACAGAAAACUUCUCAAGAUGUGAUUAACAUUCUGUUGGACAAAAUAUUCAGUAAGGCUUUACUCAAUUUUUGUAUCUCUUAGGAGUUCAGAAAAUGAAAGAUCAAUUAACAGCUUAGCACAUGUCAAAUUCUCUUUAUGUCUGCCGUCGGAUUUGUUUGUGACCAGUUAUCACUGCUGAGAUUGAAAAGAAAACUAGAAUGAUAUGAACAUUUUUGCAUGCAGUAAGUAUAUAUUUCAGAACAGAAUUACAGAUUAUUUGUGUGUGCUUUCUUGAGAACAAAAAGGCCAGGUUUUUGAUAAAAACUGCUGUAAAAUGUAUAAAUUAAGUAACUGCUUGGCAUGUUUUGAUAAAGUUUUAAAAAUUAACAUUAACAUCUCGUAACAGGUUACAAUACUUUGAAUACAAUAGUACCUUAACUAAUUUUAAGAUGUCUACAACAAUUAGUACAUGUAUAUUGUGUGUGAAGGAGUAGAUAAGUAUUAAUACAUAUUCAGGAUUUAACAAAUCAUGGUCAUUUAUUUACAUACACAUCACAUGCGGUAAUUUCGUAGCUUGCAUGCCACAGGGCUUGCCAAAGUACAACUUUGAUUCUUACAACAAUAAUCAGCAUCAACACUUCCAAGUUCAAAUAACACAACCUAUCUCGGAGUUUCUUGAGAACCUUUCACUGUAUCAUAGACUUGAUUUGAAAUAACUUGCUGUAAGUGCUACAACAGGGCAUGUACAUUAGGUUGAUAAAACAGUAAUCCAAAGUCUACAUCUCAACAUACCAUCUUUUUAGAACCAUUUUUGCAUCAUGUAAUUUAGGAAUCACACUCAGUCUGCAAUGUUAAACUGUUCGAACCUUUAAAAGUCAUUAAUACCUGAUGUAUGUUCCCAAAUGCAGUACCAUUGGAUGGUUUUCACAAUGUGCAUAAAUUAAGAUAUUGAUGAUGAGUAUAAGGGCUCUAGCUUGGAAAUGUUACAAAGUUAUAUCGAAAUGGGUUGCUAUCGAUUCUAAUUUGUCCCUCUUAAAGGAAAUGUAAACUUCUUAAUAGAUAUUUUUGGUGAGAAUGCACAAUAUUUUCUUUACUUUUUUUUUUUGGGGGGGGGGAGAAAUUAUGUUUUACUCGCCCCUUUUCACACUGAAGUGAUCUUUUUAGACCUGACUUUACCUAAUAAAUGAUCAAAUUGAAGGAUAACACAUUGAAACUGAAGGUUCACACUGACUAGGAAUCAGUACAACAGUUUAGCUCAGUAAUGUCACAAGACGAGCCUACCAUUGCUUGUUCAAUGUAUUUAUUGAGUUAUUUGAAGCCAUUGUAUGUAACGAGAAUAUCUAGAAGCCCUAAAAAAUUCAGCCAAAUUGUACUCUAUUUAUUUAGAAAAUGUUCUCCAAGUUUCUCUGUUCAUGGCAUACGUAAUUUGUUCAUUCAAUACUUGAAAAGUUUUACAGCCUUUUUACGAAGCAACAGAAAACGGCCUAAUUUCUCACAAGUACUUAUUGAAAUAUUAUGGCACGCCCAUUAUGCAAAUCCCAUCUAUUCAGUCAAAACUGUUGUGUAAUUAUGUAUGUUUAUUAAAUAGUGUUUAUUAUAUAUUUACUAUGAUGUGAUUGUAGAUUUAUAGUUUCUUAAUAUAGAUGUAUGUGACGCAUUUUAGUGCAAUUUUAACGUACUUGUAGUGUGUGUUUUGCUGUAGAUCUGUAUACUUCAUUGAACUAUUUUGUUGUAACUUUUCUGUUCUGUUUUCAGUGUAGUGCAAUACGUUUUAUUGGAAAACUUGCCAUAAAGAAUGAAUAAAGUAAUUAUGUAGCAAAUUA